AUGGCUAUGCCCUACCCUUUCACCAGCCUCCUCCUCCUCCUUGUUGUGCCCCUUUCCCAGGCUGCAAAACAGUCCCCACUGCCCCUUGGCUCUCUGCCUGCUGUCCCCACCCUGCCCCUCCUGCAGGCCCUGCAAACACGGGCUCCAGGCAGCCCAGGCUGGAAAAUGGGGCCAGCCAGUGGGCAGCCCCUGCGCUACAUGCUGAAUCUGUACCGGCGUGCUGCUGACCGUGAAGGCCGGCCCCGCCGGAGCCUGGGCACCAACACCAUCCGCCUGGUCCAGGCCAGUUCCCAUGGAGGUCAGCCCUGGGCAGGUCGGUGGUACUUGCAGGCCCUCACCUACCACCUGGAGGGCCAGCCAGAGGCCGAGCACCUCCUCAGAGCCACUGUGGUCUACCUGCCAAGUCUGUCACUGGCCCAUGGUCGCCUUCUCUGUGCUCUGGAGCUGGUAGUGGCCAGUGAGGCACCCAGGUUGCUGCUCAGCCCUCCUGCCCGUACCCACCGUGGCUGGGCUGAAGUUGACGUCACCCCUUACCUGGUGCUGGGGAACAGCAGCAUGGGGAGCCUGGCAUUGCGGCAUGUCUGCGUGCAUGCAGGCCGAGCAGGAGGCCACAAUGUCCCAGUGGCCCCUGGCCAUCCUUUCCUUCUUCUCUACCUUAAUGAUACCCAGGCAGGGUUGGCACCUCCGGCAGCAGAGCCUCAUCGACACCGACGUGAUACAGGGACAUUGGCUCAUGACCUGCCCCACUACCUGCGGGAGCAGGGAGGGGAGAAGAGCGACUGUUCCCUCCGCCCCUUCCCUGUCAGUUUUGCACAGCUGGGCUGGGACCACUGGAUCAUUGCUCCGCACCGCUACAACCCACGCUACUGCAAGGGCACCUGUCCCCACCUGCUCCGCUAUGACUACCACGCACCCAAUCAUGCUGUGGUGCAGAGCUUCGUUCAUGAGCUUGUGGAUGCCAAUGUGCCCCGGCCCUCCUGUGUGCCCUACCGCUACAGCCCCAUCAGUGUCCUCAUGAUUGAGCGUAAUGGAGGCAUACUGUACAAGGAGUACGAGAAUAUGAUUGCAGAGUCAUGCACUUGCCGGUAA